CGGCCUCUUCCGGGCGCUGCUGGGGCGGCGGGGUCCAGCGCGGGGACGGGGCGUCUGCGGGCGGCGGGGCUGCUGCGUGCGUGCGUGCGUGCGUGCGUGCGUGCGUGCGCCCGGCGCCCGGGUCGGAGGCGGACGGCGGCGGACAGCGCCCGCGCGGGGCCUGCGGAAGGGGUGGCAGCGGAGCCGCGCCUCCACCACGUGUCCCGGGACGCCCAGGGUCGCAGCAGCGGGGACAGCGGCCGUGCCCUUGUCCGGAGGCGCCAUGGCGAAGCGCGUGAGCCAGGAGACCUUUGACGCCGCGGUGCGGGAGAACAUGGAGGAGUUCGCCAUGGGGCCAGAGGAGGCCCUGGAGGAGGCCGUGCAGCAGUUUGAGUCUCAGGGGGUGGAUCUGAGCAGCAUCCUCAAGACGCCGCCCUCAGUGACGGAGCAGGGGCCACAGGAGCCCGCCCACGACGUCCUGCAGGCCCUGGACGCCGUGCAGGAGCUGCUGGCCGCGCCGCUGCCCUGCACCCCGAGCCCGGAGCUGGGCGCCCGCCUGGCCCGCCUGGCCGAGCUGUGCGGCCGCGACCUGGGCCGCCGCUGCCUGGCCGCCCGCCGGGGCGCCUACCCCGCGCUGCUGGCCGCCGCCGCCCUGCCCGGCCUGCUGCUGCCCGCCCUGCGCGCCCUGGCGGCGCUGACCGACGGACAGCCCGACCUGCUGGACGGCGCGGGGCUGCGGCUGCUGCUGGGCGCGCUGGAGCCCGCGGAGCCCCCGCACCCCGGAGACGCCCCGCACCCCGGAGACCCUCCGCACCCCGGAGACGCCCCGCACCCCGGAGACGCCCCGCACCCCGGAGACGCCCCGCACCCCGGAGACGCCCCGCACCCCGGAGACCCUCCGCUGGCCUGCGCCGCCCUGCGCGGGGUGCGGCACGCGGGGCUGCGGCACGAGGCCAACCGGCGGGCGCUGGUGCGGGCGGGGGCGCUGCCCCUGCUGACCGGCGCGCUGGCCCGACACGCGAGCCGCCCCGACGUGGUGCGCGAGGCCUGCGCGGCCCUGCGCGUCAUGACGCUGGACGACGACGUGCGCGCCCCCUUCGGACACGCGCACGAGCACGCGCGCGCCAUUGUGCGCGAACACGGGGCCCUGAAGCUGCUGGUGGCCGCGGCCCGAGCCCACCGGGACCAGCCUGCCGUGCUGGGCGAGCUGUGUGCCACCUUGUCACGCCUGGUCGUGCGCAGCGAGUUCUGCAGGGAGGUGGCUGACCUGGGCGGCCUGGCCAUCCUGCUGGACCUGCUGGGCGAGAGCCGGCACCAGGACCUGGUGCGCCAGGCGCUGUCUGCGCUGCGGGCCGUCGCGGGUGAUGACGACGUGAAGGACACCAUCGUGCGUGCCGGGGGUCCCCACUGCGUGGUGGGUGCCCUGACCCGCCACCUGGCCAGCCCGCAGGUGUGCGAGCAGAGCUGCGGGGUGCUGUGCGCCUUGGCGUUGCGGAAACCAGAGCACAGCCUGGCCAUCGUGGAGGCUGGCGGCGCCCAGGCCGCCCUGCAGGCCAUGAAGACGCACCCGCAGGAGUCCGGCCUGCAGAGUCAGGCCUGCCUGCUGCUCCGGAACCUGGCCGUACGCAGCCCGGAGCUGUCUGGGCGCAUCUUGGCGCUGGGGGCCGAGGGGCUCAUCGCCCAGGCCCGGGCCGCCCACCCCGCCUGCGAGGACGCCGCCAAGGCCGCGCUACGGGACCUGGGGUGCCACGUGGAGCUGCGUGAGCUGUGGACCGGCCAGCGGGGGGACCUGGCGCCCUGACAAUAAACGGCUAACGCGGCACUGCCUGGCGCCUCCGCGUGGGGGACUCCGA